AUGACGUCUAGGAAAAGGUCUCCGCACGAUUUUAUAUUUAAAGAGGAACUGGGCCAUGGCUCUUACUCUACUGUGUUUAAAGCUCUGGAUAAAAAAAGCCCGAAUAAAAUUUAUGCCAUUAAAGUUUGUUCGAAGAAACACAUAAUCAAAGAAGCUAAAGUAAAAUAUGUCACCAUUGAAAAGAAUACCAUGAAUUUGUUGGCACAAAAGCAUCACGCGGGUAUAAUUAAACUAUACUACACCUUUCACGAUGAGGAGAAUCUUUAUUUUGUUUUAGAUUUUGCCCCAGGUGGGGAACUACUUUCCUUAUUGCAUAAAAUGGGUACAUUCAAUGAUACAUGGACGCGUCAUUUCACCGUACAGUUAAUUGAUGCAUUAGAAUUUAUUCAUUCCCAUGGUAUCAUUCAUAGAGAUUUGAAACCAGAAAAUGUUCUUUUGGACAGGGACGGUAGACUUAUGAUUACUGAUUUUGGUGCCGCUGCCACCAUAGACUCUGGUUUGAACGGAGAUUCGACCAAGUAUAACUCUGACAGCAACAGCUCAGAUGACAACCAGAACUGCGCUUCCUUUGUUGGAACUGCUGAAUAUGUUUCUCCAGAGCUACUUUUAUAUAAUCAGUGCGGUUAUGGCUCAGAUAUAUGGGCUUUAGGUUGUAUGAUAUAUCAAUUUGUCCAAGGACAACCGCCCUUUAGAGGAGAAAAUGAGCUAAAAACAUUCGAAAAAAUCGUAGCAUUGGAUUAUCCAUGGGGGCCCAACAAUCGCAUCAAUAAUAGCGCAUCGCCAAUAAAUCCUCUUGUAAUAAACUUGGUACAGAAAAUAUUGGUGGUAGAGGUCAAUGAAAGAAUCUCUCUCAAACAGAUAAAAAGACACCCAUAUUUUUCAAAAGUAGAUUGGAAUGAUAAAGUCAAAAUAUGGAGAGGGAUUUGGCAAUCGCAAGGACAAUCGAUGCAACAAACUCCUGGAGGGCUCCCAAAUAUACCACAGAAUGUGCUACCCACCAGACAAUUACAUGUAAUUGACACCCCAGCACGAAGUAUACAAAUUACAAAACAAAAACGUAAGAAACCGACGAAAAUUUCCAACACUACUAGUAGUAUAGUAGUAUGGAGAAAAAGGCUUGGUAUAUCAACAGGUAAGGAUGAUUUAGGCACCGUACCGUCUAGCAGCCCUGCAAUGACUGCCCCUAGUGGUAACAAUGUAAUAACUAACACAGUGCCACAAUCUACCUCGAAUGUUACCUUACCGGUAAAUUCGCAGUCCAGCCAAGUCAAGCGAGCACAACCGGUUGCCCCAAAUAGAAUACCUCCCAAAGUACCGGUAAUCAAUGAUAAUCUGAGAAAUAAGUCAAUUCCGCGAACAAAGCCUAUCGUGCAACCUUCUCAAACCACAUCAAUACCACAACAGUCGUCAUCAUCAGCAGGGUCAGCUCUAUCAGGACCAUCAAUAGAGACACAGCAUCUGGAUGUAACGCAAAGUUUAGAUGAAAGAAACUCAAUUGACCUUCAUAUCUUAAAACAAGACUAUGUCUUCAUUUAUGGCAUUCCAUAUGAAAACGAAGGGCCUGCCAUGUCUUUGAACAGCUACAAUAAGAUUGAUAAUGAUUUAAUUACGUCCCUAGUUGCCCAACAUGAAGAAGAGUUAAAGAAUUCAGAGUCGUUUUUACAGGUAUUGACUUUAAAAACGAAUGGAAUGCUAAGUUACAAAAACACAGUCGUAAUGGAAGAAAAUGAAGAUCAAGUAGAUAAAGAACACCAAAUGGCUAACAUAGAAGAUACAGAUUUGUCCAUGUAUGAUUUUGAGUUCAAUGAGUUGACAAGGAAGGGAUUUUUGAUACUGGAAAAAUACAAAAAUAGAAUAUGGUUUAUCUCGUUACCCUCGUAUUCAAUAUUAUCGAAAAUACCAUUCAACGCCGUGAAGUCUUUGACAAUAAAUAACAACGAAAAUUGGGUUGAUUGCUUUUUCAGAGCAAGACAACUACUGGAGGAAAAGCAAAUUCUUGAUAAAAUCAGCAACGUUUCCUUUGAUAGUAAAGCAUCCACUGAACCGUCAUCACCUUCGCCUAUUUCAAGAAAAGAGCAGCCACUGAAUAUAGGCAAUAAUGCGACAGCGCCCGGCUACACUGCAAAAAAUGCAAGUCAGAACAGCGUAUCGCAAAAUAGUAAUAUUGGGGAAGAAACACCUUUUCGCAUUUCUAGUAGUGUCAAAGACAGGCCUACUGUAAGUUCUACUCCCUCCUCAAGACACCCUAGGAUUUUGUCAGGGAAUAACGCUAGUAGAACCGCAAAAAAAACGAACGGAGGAUUACCAAAUAGUGCCCCUUCUACUAGUACAUGUAACAACGGUUCGGCUCCAGUUGUUAACCAUAGGCCUUCUACUAAUGUAGCAAACAAUAAACACAAUCUUUCAACAUUGAAGAAGCAGGGUCCAUUUUUUCUUUCUGCUUCAUCUUCUGCUACCAAACCCCAAAUCAAAACAACGGGAUAUCGACAGUCAACACCUUCGCCACCACUUCCACCAAUGGAAUUUCUAGCUACGAGAGAGAAGUAUUCUGCGCCUUCUAACAUGGUGAUCAGUAGCAGCAGAUACGAGGUUUUGCAUACCCUCAAUAACAGCCAAACAAACUUUGAUAGGGAGAUUGCUAGUAGAGGUGCCUCAGCAGCAUUUAGAAGUUUACAAAAGGGCAAGAAGAAAAAAUAG